AUGAUGAAGAACAGCGGCACAAGCAAACCGGUCACGUUACUAAUCAAUAAUGAGGAUUAUUGUGAAUCAGCGAGCUCUUGCGAUGGUCCCAAUGACGGCUGGCGGCCUUCGGUGUACAAAGUGUUCUUCUGCCUAUUCAGUAUCUCGGCGUUAUUGAUUAGCUCAGCCGCCCUUAUCUACUCGCAUGCAGAAAAUUGGGCAUAUCUCGAAGCGUUAUAUUUUUGCUUUAUCAGUUUCGCUACUAUUGGUUUCGGCGACUAUGUGUCGAAUCAGAAAGAUGUAAUAAGCAUGAACAGGGAUUUCUAUAGGUUUCUCAACUUCAUAUUGCUCACAAUAGGUGCUUGUUGUUUCUACUGUCUUUUUAAUGUGUCUUCCAUUGUUGUGAGGCAGCUCCUUAACUUUAUGAUCAAGAAAAUGGAUGUGAAGGGCACAAUAUGCUGUUUGAAGAAAAAACGACGAUACAUGGGACUGGGAUUAAGGCCACCAAAGGGUAAGAAUGCUCAAAGCUUGUGA